AGAGUCUGUCCCGCCGUCCGCUGCCGGGGCUGCGGGACCCAGGAGUCGGGAGGAGCGGCGGGGGAUGCACGCGGGCCGGGCCGCGGUUCCUGGAGCGCCGCGGUGAGGAGAGGCCAGCGCCUCCCUCCUCGCCGUCCGCCGGGCCCGGGCACAGGUGCGGCGGCCGCGCCCGGCCCUCGCCGCCCCGCACGGCGCCGCGCAGGCUCCCGCCUCCGGUCUCUCUGCGGGACUCGGAGCACCGGCUCUUCCCCGAAGCUUUGUGUGAAGAAGCGCGGCGGGACUGCCUUUUGCUUUUAAUAAAAAGUUUUUCUGAGUGUCAGUUUUUAGAAAUUUUUGCGGCGUUUGCAAUACUCUACCUCUUUUCUCCUGCUCGUAGAGUGCUUUUCUUCUUCAGCUCUAAACCUUUUUUGCCGUCAACGGAGCAGAACAGGGAUGAGCUCUCUGUAACUGAAAGUAUAACUUAAACGCGGCGAGGCGGUCGUCAAGAUGGACAAGAAAUCCUUUGAAACGGUGCUGGAUGAAAUCAGAAAGGCUGUUUUGACAGAAUACAAACUAAAAGCAAUUGAAUAUGUGCAUGGAUACUUCUCUAGUGAACAGGUGGUUGAUUUACUGAGAUAUUUUUCCUGGGCUGAGCCUCAAUUAAAAGCAAUGAAGGCAUUACAGCAUAAAAUGGUGGCUGUGCACCCAGCGGAAGUGGUCAAUAUACUCAACUGUUUCACCUUCAGUAAAGACAAGCUCAUUGCUCUUGAACUGUUAGCUUCGAAUAUUGUUGAUGCACAAAAUUCUCGGCCCAUUGAAGAUUUAUUCAGGAUAAAUAUGUCUGAGAAGAAACGAUGCAAGAGAGUACUUGAACAGGCUUUCAAGGGGGGCUGCAAAGCUCCCCAUGCUAUGAUAUCUUCUUGUGGGACAAUCCCAGGAAAUCCGUAUCCCAAAGGAAAACCUAGUCGUAUAAAUGGAAUUUUCCCAGGAACCCCUUUGAAAAAAGAUGGUGAAGAUUGUACCAAUGAAGGCAAAGGAAUAGCUGCGCGGAUUCUUGGACCAUCUAAACCACCUCCUUCAACGUACAAUCCACAUAAACCUGUUCCUUACCCAAUACCUCCGUGCCGGCCACAUGCGACUAUUGCACCAAGUGCUUACAAUAAUGCAGGUCUGGUACCGUUAGCCAAUGUCAUAGCUCCAGGUGUACCCCCUCCACCUCCAUAUACUCCUAAUCCAGUAGGAACAGAAAAUGAAGAUCUUUCCACCCAGUCAAAACCUGCACAGAAUCAAACAUUUUCCACCCCAGCAAGUCAACUCUUUUCACCGCAUGGUUCUAAUCCUUCAACACCUGCUGCCACUCCUGUCCCCACCGCAUCGCCAGUCAAGGCAGCAAAUCACGCCUCAGCGUCAGCGGCUGCCACCAUUGCCGGAAUGAAUGUACCGAACGCUGUCCUUCCUGUGUUCCCCGGGCAGGUCUCCUCCGCCAUCCACACACCUCAGCCAUCGAUGCCAAACCCAACAGUGAUCAGGACCCUGGCGCUGCCUACUGCACCUAUAACUUCCAUGCACAGUACAACCUCUGCUCCUGUUCCUUCCAUUUUUUCUGGUCUAGUGCCAUUGCCGGGCCCUUCUGCUCCUCCAGCCCUGGCCCCUCAGGCCUCGUCUACACCUCGCUCCACUCUUGCUUCCAGUGAAACGUUUGCUUCCACUUCGGCCCCUUACGCCCGCCUCUCCUUUUCCACCAACACUACCGCCGCUGCUACCAGUAACCCCAGUUCCGCCUCGUUGUCGUCAGUGUUUGCGGGUCUCCCUUUGCCCUUAGCGCCAGCCUCCCAGGGCGUGUCCAACCCAGCCGCUUCCCUGAUUACUGGCGGUUCUGCUCCCAGUGUUGCUGGUUCACUUGGGAUAAAUAAUCCUCUUCUGUCCGCUUUAAAAGGCUUUCUGACGUCAAAUGACACCAAUUUAAUCAACUCCUCGGGUUUGUCGCCUGCUGUGACAAGUGGGCUGGCUUCGUUAUCCUCUCUUACUAAUCAGAGCUCUGAUUCUCCUGCCUCGGCCCCUAGCAAGUGCUACGCCCCGUCAGCCCUUCCUGUCUCGCAGAGGUCUUCCACUCCUGCGCUGGCCCUGUUCCCGGGCCUGCCGUCCCCUGUGGCUGCCUCGACCACCACUGCCCCUGCGCUGCCCGUGCAGUCUCCUUUGGCUACCGCCACAUCCUCGUCGGCAUCAGUGCCGGGGAGCUGCGGCUCUUCAGCUGCCCUCCUGCACGGCGCCCACCCGGGUCCUUCAGACCUGCACAUUUCACCCGCCCCUGCUGUGACAACUAUUCCUGUUAUGAUCAAAACUGAGCCCACCAGUCCUACUCCCUCUGCCUUCAAAGGCCCCUCUCACUCCGCGAAUCCCCCGUGUGGCACUUUAGGCUUGUCAGGGACACUGGGCCGUGCGUACACUCCCGCAUCAGUGCCCAUCAGUUUAUCCACUUGCCUUAAUCCUGCACUGUCAGGCCUCUCCAGUUUGAGUACUCCCUUAAACGGUUCAAAUCCCCUCUCCUCCAUCUCCCUUCCGCCGCAUGCCGCCUCCACUCCUAUCGCUCCAGUAUUCACUGCUCUUCCUCCCUUUACUUCUUUGACCAACAGUUUUCCAUUACCCGGCAGCCCCUCUCUGAACCCAUCCGUGUCUCUUCCAGGGUCCUUGAUAACCACCUCUUCCAGCUCCGCCACCUCCACAGCCAUGCCUCCUCCCAGCUCUACCGCAGCUGUUCUCUCAGGGCUCUCCGCCUCAGCGCCGGUCUCGGCAGCACCUUUCCCCCUCAACUUGUCCACUGCUGUGCCCUCCCUCUUCUCCGUCACCCAAGGACCGCUACCCUCUUCCAACCCUUCCUACCCCGGCUUCUCCGUCUCUAACGCCCCUAGUGUCGCCCCUGCACUCCCUUCAUUCCCGGGAUUGCAGGCGCCCUCCACAGUCACAGCCGUCACACCUCUGCCUGUUGCAGCCACAGCUCCCUCACCAGCACCCGUCCUCCCAGGAUUCGCUUCAGCAUUCAGUUCUAAUUUCAACUCUGCUCUUGUUGCACAAGCUGGUUUAUCAUCUGGACUCCAAGCUGCAGGCAGCUCUGCUUUUCCAGGCCUUCUGUCCCUCCCAGGUAUCCCUGGGUUUUCCCAGAAUCCUUCACAGUCGUCCUUGCAAGAAUUACAGCAUAAUGCAGCUGCACAGUCAGCAUUGUUACAGCAGGUUCAUUCAGCUUCAGCUCUGGAAAGCUAUCCAGCUCAGCCUGACGGCUUUCCAAGUUACCCCUCAACACCGGGAACGCCGUUUUCUCUGCAACCAAGCCUGUCCCAAAGUGGGUGGCAGUGAAUAUUUUAAAUUUCUUAUUCUUGGAAACAACAUGAGAUUUGCCUAAGAACUGCAGUGAACAAUCUGACAGAUGUGAAGUCAGCCAAAAUUCAGAAGAUGAAAAUGAGGAUAAUCCUUGGGAAAUUGAAAAUCCCAACUGCAUUUUUAAAAAUGGUUUUAAGUAUGAAUACUUUCCAAUCCCUUAUGUAAAUAUGCUGACAAUGAAUUGUAAGGGGAAUGGCAUUUAAAAAAUUAUUUGGGGACUUUUCACCUCCCAUCCUACAAAAUUUUGAAUCAUGUAUGUGGUCUAUAUUGAAAGAACAUUAAAAGAGAAGACUGAACUCUGUAGCCGAAUACAGCCUUAAAUCUGCUUGUGUAGCAUCCAUGGACAGAAGUAAUAGUUGUGCCUCAGCUGUAUGGGUUGCAUGUGGCCCUGGGGAGUUAACUGCCCUUGGUAUGCAUGAGUGGUUCCCGUUAGUAUCAGUCGGAGUUCAGUAUUUCCUGUAUAUCCACAGAAGGGAACUGGAGACCCACUGUUACUUUUAAUUUCUAAGAUUUAUGAUCAUACGUACUGCUGGAUUUAACUAUGUUUCAGGUAAGUGGAAAUGGUGCUUAAUUAUGUAGUCUCUAGAAUGACUUUCAGGUGUUUUCAGCUAGAAAUAUAUAUGCAGAACUACUUUCUUACGGAAAUACACGAAGGCUUAUUGUAAUUCUUGUCUUCACAACAACUUUUCCCAAUCUCAGCAGUGUCCAGACGGAUGAGGAACACGUGGGCCACCCCUGUCACUCAUUGUACUCUGGAAGCUCUUGGUGAAUGUUUACAAUCAUGGCGUGUAGUAUUUUUAUUUGUAUUUAAAUGAAAUGGUUAUUUGAAAUAAUUAUGUGACAGCAAAUAGAGAAGACUUGCUCUGUUAGUAAAUAAGCAGUGUGUACUCUAUUUAAGGACCUAUGGUGAUAUUACAUGACUGAAUGUCAUUACCUUAAGAGUGAUAACUGCCACACUGGGGUGGGGGAUAGGAAGACAGAAUUCCAAUCCUGUGAUUAAAAGUGUAAACUAUAGAGUCUACUGUAGUACAUUUCAGCAUCUAGAAGUUUUACUUUUAUAAAGAUGAUGUCUGGAAGAUGUUGCAAAUGUAUUUUCCUUCAACAUGGGGAUCAGGCUUUUUAAGUAUAUUAAAUAUUCCUGUAUGGUUAGUUUUUAACAAUUUUUUAAAAUAAACUUUAUGGAUAUGACAAA